CACUUCUUCAAUAAUAUUCACUAAUUAAAUUUUCUUGCACGUAGUACAAGAGUAUCCAAGCAAGCAAUAACCAAAAAUUUCACUACUUGAAGGCAACGUCAGGAGGUUCCACUCAUUGAUUCUUCAAUGGCUGAAGUUGUUUCUAGUGUGGCAUCAACACUCUUGACCAAUUUAGCAACAAAAUCGUUCCAAGAGAUUAUUCUAGCAUAUGGUCUUAAAGAUGAAAUAAAAAAGUUUGAAAGUUCUUUGAGAACCAUCGUUGCAUAUCUCAUAGAUGCUGAGAACAAGCAAGCAAAAAACCACAGUAUAGAUGAGUGGUUGAAGCAACUCAGAGAAGCAUUUGAUGAUGCUGGUGACAUACUAGACGAAAUAGAGUAUGAAGCAAAACGUAAUGAAGUGGUCAAAAUAUAUGGAAGCAUUAGCAUAAAGGUCCGUCGAUUCUUCUCAUACACAAGUAAUCCACUCGCAUUUCGCAUCAAGAUGGUCCACAAAAUCAAAGAUAUGAAACAGAAAAUGGAUGAAAAAAUAAAAGAAGGGAGAAACUUGGGUAUAAUUGAACAACAUGUCAACACUCCAGCUCUGGAGCAUAAUUUACCAUGGCGAGAAACUGCUUCUUCAUUGUCUUUCCGUGUGUGUGGUAGACUUGAAGAGAAAGAAGAGAUUAUAAAUUCAUUGAUGACACAAAAAUUAGAAGCUAACAGUAUUGAUGUGAUCUCAAUUGUUGGGAUUGGAGGUUUGGGAAAGACUACACUUGCACAAAUGGUUUACAAUGAUACCCAAGUGAAGGCGAAUUUCGAUACUUUAAUGUGGGUUUGUGUUUCUGACGAUUUUGAUGUGAAGAAGCUAAUACAAAAAAUUAUUCAUGCGGCCUCAAAGAGAGAGAAUGUGGUGGAUGCAAAUUCUAGUUUGGAAUAUAUGAUAUCUCUUCUCAAUCAAAAUUUACAUGGUAAGAAAUUCUUACUCGUGUUAGACGAUGUUUGGAAUGAAAACCACAACAAAUGGGAUGAAUUGAGAACUCAUUUGUUAGAAGCAGCUGGUGACAAAAACAGCAAAAUUAUAGUGACCACUCGUAGCCAAAAAGUUGUUGACAUUGUGGGAAGUAAUCUUGUAAUGAAAUUAGAAGGACUUCCUGAGAAUGAAUGUUGGCGGCUGUUUGUAAAAUGUGCAUUCCAAGAAGAGAAGGAAGAAGAGAAGUACCCAAGGCUAAAGCAAAUUGAGGAGCAAAUUGUUAAAAGAUGCAAAGGAGUACCCUUGGCUAUAACAACUUUGGGUUGCUUGCUUAGAUCAAAAUGCCAUGAUGAAAAUGAGUGGAGAAAAAUAAGGGAUAGUGAGGUGUGGAAUCUCAAUCAAGAAGAAACUGACAUUUUGCCAUCAGUCAAAUCGAGUUACAAUCACUUGCCACCACAAGUAAAGCAAUGUUUUUCAUACUGCUCUUGUUUUCCAAAGGAUUACGACUUUCAUGUUAUUGAGUUGAUUAUGUUCUGA